GCUCGCGGGGCCGGCUGGCAGCGAUGGCUGGGCAGAUGGCGGUGCUGGGUUCAGCUGUUUUGGCUCUCCUGUUAGCUGGCUACCUAGCACAGCAAUACUUACCAAUGCCUGCACCAAAAGUAAUCGGGAUUGAUCUUGGCACAACUUACUGCUCUGUUGGUGUGUUUCUUCCUGGAACAGGGCUGGUGAAGGUUAUUGCAGAUGAAAAUGGGCACAACAGCAUUCCAAGUAUAGUCUCUUUCACAGACAGAGGCGUCUAUGUAGGAUACGAUGGCCUAGAACUGGCUGACUCAAACCCUCAGAACACCAUAUAUGAUGCAAAAAGAUUCAUUGGGAAAAUCUUCAGUUCAGAGGAACUGAAAAGUGAAAGUAGUAGGUAUCCCUUUAAGAUUUUCAACAACAAUGGAUCUGCUGAGUUUUCUUUGACAACUAAUGAAACCUUUCACAUCACUCCAGAGUAUAUUGGCUCGCAGCUACUGCUGAAAUUGAAGAGAAUGGCGGAAGACUAUAUUGGCAUGCCUGUUUCGAAGGCAGUCAUCUCUGUGCCAGCAGAGUUUGAUGAAAGGCAACGGAAUUCUACCAUUAAGGCAGCUAAUAUUGCAGGGCUAAAAAUUUUGCGAGUCAUCAAUGAACCCACAGCUGCAGCUAUGGCUUAUGGACUCCACAAUGCUGAUGUGUUUAACGUUCUGGUGGUGGAUUUGGGUGGAGGAACUUUGGAUGUGUCUCUGUUGAACAAGCAGGGAGGGAUGUUCCUCACACGAGCCAUGGCAGGUAACAACAAACUUGGAGGACAGGAUUUUAAUCAGAGGUUGAUGCUGUAUUUAUACAAUCAGCUCCAUCAAACGUAUGGCUCCCUGCCAACAAGAAAAGAAGAAAUACAUCGCCUCAGACAGGCUGUGGAAGCAGUUAAGUUAAAUCUAACUGUUCAUGAGACAGCUACGCUAAGGGUGUUGUUGACCAUGCCAGAAAGGAAGCCUACAAAAGAACUUCCAGAUAGUGAGGUAAAACCAAACAAUGUGGUGAAAGACGAGCCUUCACAAAAAACAGGAGACUUGAAAAAUCCUGGAGACACCUCAAAAGUAGAGAACAACUUUAUGAAAGUUGUGUUUGAAACAGAAAUCUCUAGGAAGCUGUUUGAGACAUUAAAUGAGGACCUCUUCGAGAAGAUUCUUGUGCCCAUUGAACAAGUGUUGAAGGACGGCCACCUCCAGAAAGCAGAAGUGGAUGAAAUUGUGUUAGUGGGAGGCUCCACCCGGAUACCUCAGAUACGCAAAGUUAUUCAGGAUUUCUUUGGAAAGGAGCCUAACACCUCUGUAGAUCCUGACCUAGCAGUUGUAACGGGAGUAGCUAUCCAAGCAGGAAUUGUUGGUGGGUCCUGGCCUCUUCAAGUCAGCGCUAUAGAAAUUCCUAAUAAGCAUUUACGGAAGACUAAUUUUAACUGAAAAGAAACUCUUGCCUUAUUGCAUCCCACCUCUCCAAAAGGGUACUCUGAUGGUGCCUACUUAUCUGACUGGUGAUGGAGCCUAAUCUUAGCCGUAUUGUAUCAGUUUUUAUCUGUUGCAGUUAGGUGUCCCUGGACACCAAACUGUGUUAAAGCUAGAUGUUCUUUCAAAGGUACGACUGGUUUCUGAAGUUCUAAUGUGUUCUGUCUGUCUGUAGAUUGGAUAUUGGAUGAAAUGAAAAUGCCAAUGGUGACACACAUAUGUUUUAUUGCUAAAUUUUCUUAGCAAGUCCUGUAGAGGUGUAUGUUUUAAAAUAAAAAGGGAGUGUGGCCAAGGUGACAGAUAGCGUGGUUAUGGUACUGUAGGUAUUCCCAGGUCCAAUAUAUUUACUUUGAAAGAAUGUGAAGCAGUGUUAAUGCACACAGCACUAGCAGUGUUCAGCUUAAAUUUAUUUAUUAAAUUGAGUCAUUUGA